AAUUUGAGUCCAACCGAGUUUAGGCCUAGAACAUUAGCUAAAGCUUCUCAAUGGGCUGAUUCCAGGAUGCCUUUGGUUCCCAGUAAUACUGCAUUUGCACCACAAAGGUUUCCUGCCCAGACACGAGUCAGGACUGAUUUUGGAAAGUCUUCUCAAGAUCUUAUGGGUGUGCAGUUAAAAGAGCUGUUGCAGGGUCCAGUGGCAAAACUGACGUGGAGCUUUCCAAGUCUACCAGAUGAACCACAGCAGCCAGACAUUCCUUUUGAGUUGCCUUAUCCUGUCCCUGCCAACAGUGUAGCUGCUCAGUGUGGAGAGAAUACAGUAUAUGUGGAAGUGAUGAAGGACUUCUUUGGGACUGGGCGCCCACUGUUGUCCUCUGGUUUUACACUAGGAGACUGCACUUCAACUGGAGAGGAUGUUUCUGCUCAAGUGCUGAUCUUUGAGUCUGAACUGCAUGGAUGUGGUGGCACAUCAAUGGUGACUGAGGAUACGCUUAUCUAUAAGUUCAACAUUAUCUACACCCCACAAGAAGCUUCACAUGUUGGUCCUAUUGUCAGGAGCAGAGGUGCGGUGGUUGGUAUCGAGUGUCAUUAUCCAAGAGUGCUUGAUGUUAGCAGCGAUGCCUUAAUGCCCACUUGGCAGAAAUAUGCCUCAACUAUGGUUGCAGAGGAAUUUUUGGUCUUCUCCCUCAAGCUCAUGUCUGAUGACUGGAGAUCUGAAAGACCUUCUAAUCAGUAUUUCCUGGGUGAUUCCAUUAAUAUCGAGGCUUCACUGAUGUCACACAACCACAUUCCUCUUCGUGUGUUUGUGGAUAGCUGUGUGGCUACUUCAGUCCCUGAUACCAGUGCUACACUCAGAUACUCCUUUAUUGAGAAUAAUGGUUGUCUAGUUGAUGCCAAACUCACAGGCUCAGGCUCUCACUUUUUGCCUCGGACUCAAAUUGACAAGCUGCAGUUUCAGUUGGUGGCUUUCAGAUUCCAGCAAGAGAUUAGUGGGAAAGUCUACAUUACUUGUGCUCUCAAGGUGGCUGCAGAAUCUGAGCCUACUAAUGCUGAGCAGAAAGCUUGCUCCUUCUCUGCUAAUAGGUGGAUAUCUGCUGAUGAGAAUGAUCAGGUGUGUGACUGCUGUGAUAAAACCUGUGGCAUUAGGAGUGGACGGGAUCAGCAAAUUAAAGCAGAUUGGCGGUGGGACAGGGCAUCUGUUGGACCCAUCACAGUCAAGGACCGUGGUUUCAGACUAUAGUGUACAAUUGCAGAAUGUCAAAAUAAAAAGUUUUCUUAUCAUA